AUGCUCGACCUCAACCGGCUUGUCAAAGACCGGCGCACUGCCAAAAUUACAGACAAGGCGAUCCAGGAGUGCGACCUCGAUUGGGAGCUUCCUGCCCGUCCCACACACGACAACAAGAAGCGAGGCAAACAGGUCGGGGCAGAGCAGAAGGAGCUUCGCAUCGCCUCGCAGACUUGGGCUCGACAGGAGCCUGCCCCGCGUGAACCCAUUACGAGGCUUGUUUGGCCGAAAGACGCCGAUUUGAACGAUGAACGGCAUCCUUUCCAGACUGGCGGGCCAUUCCCUGAGGAUGAUGCUGGCGAGUAUUACCUUGACGGCGAGAUGAGGCGCAAUGUUCUGGGAGGGGAGUCGGCGUCCCAACGCUCGACGUGGACGUUGGGCAGUAUCAUCGGGAAGCAUUCCAAUGUCGACAACAUACUGGUCUUUGCCGAAGACAAAGAAGAUCUAGACUGGGCUUUCGAGGCAGGGAUCAUGCCUCCGCCGCACGAGGUUUUGACCGUCAUCUGUCAACCUUCUUUUCUGGAUACCACAAUCAUCGCGAAUGGGGUCGAGAGCGUGACUGGCAGUCGGAAGCGAAACAAAAAGGCGGUAGGCGGUUCAAUGAAUAUGGCCUUCAUGUGGUUGACCUUUGUACAAGAUUUUCUGCCAAACAUUCCCGGAGCGGAGGGGUCGUCGGCCUUCGGGAAAGAUCUGGUGACGCAAUUCAACAUGGUUUUCGAGACUACUUCUUUCUACAAGACCAUCAACAAAACCCCUCUAUCAGAAUACCUCGAAGACUGGGAUGACUUCAAUUAUGCCAGCGAAUCCUCCUUCAAAGCUACCAUGAAGCUGUAUGAUCUCAGCCGAGUCAAGUUUAAAGUGAUCGUGAGCAUCCCAGGGGUUCACCAUGGUGCGAGUAGUGAACGAGUGGGUUCGGGAAGGUUGCAGAGGGUGCUCGAAGAGGAAGGCUGGAUGCCUCGAGAGGAGAGUCGAAUGACCAUGGCCUAUAAAAGCUCGACCUUGGGCAAGUAUCGACUCGCUUGGCUCAAGAACUUUUACGGCAAGUGUGCAGGUCUGAGCAAAGACGAUGUGCCCCCCGACUUCCACCUUCGGAUCCUAUACCCAACUGUGAAAAGUAUCCCAGACGGUCAUACCAAUGCAGAACUCUGCUGCAUGUGUAGCUGUUUCGGGUUCAACCAUGUCACGCGCCCCUUGUUCCGGGAUGUCAAGCCCAAGAGACCCAAUCUCAUCAAUGCAAAGACCAUCUCAGCCGUAUUUGAAGAUAUCACUCCGGUCGAUGUUCUCCCAUCAGGGUCGUCCGCUCCAACCAGACCACCCGGAUCUGCGUCAGGGUGGAUGUAUGUCGGAACCCACUCGCUCUAUGCGUCUGCUUGGGGUAUAUACUGGCAAAAAGCGAUGGGCGGAGGCAUCAAGGAGACGCGCGCCAAGAUAUUCAACUUUGAUAUGGGCAUAGUGUUUCCUCUUUCUUCAAACCCGAAAGUAGCCGCGUAUCAAGCACAGAACGUAGUCCCCUUCCAGCUGCCAGGUGGCGAGUAUGGUGAAGACGAUAUCCCUUUUGUGAGAUGA